AUGGCCGAGAAGCCAGCAGUUCUCAUAAUUGGAGGCCUGGGAUAUAUUGGACGGUUCCUUGCGCUCCACAUCCACAAGAACAAUCUUGCAUCAGAAGUACGAAUUGUUGACAAAGUGUUACCACAGCUGGCCUGGCUGGCUCCAGAGUUCGAGGAAGCUUGUGCGAACGACAAGUUUAUGCAGGCAGAUGCUAGCAAAGAGCAGUCUCUUCCUCGCAUAUUCGACCGAUCCAAUGGCAAGCAAUGGGACUAUGUUUUCAACUGCGGUGGAGAAACAAGAUAUUCUCAAGAAGAUGAGGUCUACAAGGUGCGCUCUUUGGCACUGAGCGUGGCUGCAGGGAAGGAGGCUGCAAAGCGCGGCGUCAAGGCCUUCGUAGAAUUGAGCACUGGUAUGGUAUACAAGCCCGACUCGCAACCGAGUAAGGAGGGUGAUAAACUGAAGCCAUGGAGCAAGAUUGCGGUGUUCAAGCUGCAGGCAGAAGAACAACUUGCAAAUAUUGAGGGACUCAACCUGAUCGUUGUCCGCCUUGCUCAUGUCUACGGCGAUUAUGCCUCUCAGUUUGUCGCAACCGCUCUCUCCUUGGCCAGAGUGUACCAACACCUUCACGGAGAGAUGAAGUGGCUUUGGACUAAGGAUCUUCGUGUGAAUACGGUUCACAUCGACGAUGUUACUCGGGGCCUUUGGUCGAUUGCAAAGUGGUAUGCCACACAAAAACAAAGUGGCUGGGACACUAAGUCUAUGGGCAAAGUACCAACAUUCAACAUGGUCGACAAAGGACAAACAUGUCAAGGGACGAUGGCCGAGAUCAUUGGGGAGCUGUUCGGAAUCGAAACUGGCUUUCAGGGUCAGCUCAUCAGCACUUUUGCAAGAUUGAACAUGGACAGUGUAGUGGAUGAUGUGAACGAUGAAGUUCUUGGUCCAUGGGCAGACCUCCUGGAAGAUGCUGGGAUCACUCGACCAGGACCACUGACUCCAUUCAUGGAGAAGGAGCUGCUGAAAGAUACCGAUCUGAGUAUGGACGGAAGCCGACUGGAGAGAGUUGUUGGUUUCGCCUACGAGAAGCCGAAGAUCACCAAGGAGCUGGUACAAAACGUAAUCGACAGCUACGUAAGAAUCGGCUGGUGGCCAGUCGCAAAAUAA